GCUAAUUGAAAAACGUCUUUAAUCCCUGACUCUAAUUUAGCUGUGCAUAUGUAGUUACAUUAUUGUCAUAUACAGUUUUCUGUUACAGUGUGGAAGGAAACAGUAUAUGUUGCCUAGUGCCUUUUUGGCCCGCUUAGCCCAUGGCCUGGGGCUGGAGGUGGAUCACCAGGACCAAAAAAAAUAAAUCUAGACCUGGGUUCAGUUACUGUGUUCAACAUCCUACCCUGAUGAGUCAAUAAGUGGUUAUGACAGCGAUGUAUCUAGGGUGCCCAAAAGAAAAAUAAUGUAAUUUGUUUGUUGCAGACAUGCCUGUCUAUCAGUUCUAGUAGAUGCUCUACGUCUUGGUUGCCUUUCUGAUGAGGCCUGAAGCUGGUGUGGGAAGGAGGAUGCAGAAUUGUUGUGGCCCCACACAAGGGCACCAGAAGCAGAAUGCUUUCUUUGGGGGCUGACAGUCCCAAGAAGACAAGACUGGGUUUUUGUAGCAGUCUUGGUAGCAGAUCAAUUUUUCUCAUCUGACAGUGUCUUCUGAAAGUUUUAAGCUAAGCUGGUUUGGUUUAGGAUUUUUUGUGUGGUUUUACUUUGAUCAAUAGAAGGGCCAGUUAGUGAGAUAGUCUAAAGUGUCAAGGAAAUCCUGUAAAAUGUAGUUUUGAAGUUAUGUGCCCUAUUCCCUUGCACCUGUACAACUGGACAGCUAUAUUCUGACACAUGCAGCACCUAUAUACCUAUAUAUAUUUGAUGAUACAGACUGAUUGUUCCUUACUGUGUUUUGAAGUUUAAACAAAACUUUAAAAUGUUUGUUUUGGUACUGAUUGCUCACUGUUUUCAAGUUUUGUCUUGCCUAACCUCCAUAAGUGCUUUAUUAGAGACCUUUUAUAUGGCGUAAUACUUCUUAACACUAGGACUUUCCCCAAAGAAGUAAACAAAGUGCAUUCCUGAUGUCUUUUUCAUGUAAUCUGGUUGUGUUCGAUACAGUUUUAAAAUUUCUAGCCUGCAAUGCCAAGUUUUGUUGCCAUCAUAGCUGUGGUGUGGGUGGAAAAGCCAAACCAGAAAUGAGCAGAUCUAACUGUAAGCUACUUUGCAUGUUGUCAAUUGACUAUAAAUUGCAGCAGUCAUUGACUCAACGGAAGGAGCUACAUAAUUCAGGUAAGAGACUUGCGUGUUGCUGUAUCUAGCAACAGAUCUUCACUGAAUAUCAAUGUUUUUGUAAGUCACUUGUACCAGCUAUUCAGUAACAGUGCUUCUGUAGCUUUUUAAUGAAUCCUGUUUUAAUAUGAUCUCUUACUAAAUAAGGUGUAAGAAGAAUGGAACGUUAACUUCUUUUUUUUUUUUUAAUAUCAUUCAGAUAUUUUCAGGUAUUAUUCAUCAGUCUUAAAAUAGCACGUCUUGUUUCCUUGGAUUUUACUUUCAUCUGAAGAUUGGUUAAAUGCAAAACCUGAUGGAUGGCAAAAGCUACCGUAACCUGAUGGACAAGUUGUCCGUCUGUGCUGAGACUCAACACAUACAGCUGGGUAGACCUUUCUGUGCUGACCCCGUGGUCACGUUUCACCUGUAUCCAGAAACACCAAACCAGGUGGCUUGUUCUGAAGAUUUGUCAUUCCUUCCUUUCAUGUCAGAGCACCUUGUGAUGGAGAACUUCUACGCCGAGCCCGGCGCCUUCCCCUUCCAGAUGCCCCAUGGCAAUUACCGCAGAAGUGAGUACUCCUACGGGCCAGCUUUCAUCAGGAAGAGGAAUGAGAGGGAAAGACAGAGGGUUAAAUGUGUCAAUGAAGGUUAUGCUAAACUGAGGCAUCACCUGCCUAAGGAAUAUGUGGAGAAAAGGCUCAGCAAAGUAGAGACACUCCGUGCUGCGAUAAAAUACAUCAGCUACCUACAGUCUGUUCUCUACAGCGAUCCUGUGGUGGCAGAACAAAACGUCGUGGAGCCAAGCCAAGCACCUAAAGCAAUUAACAAACAGAACCAGUUUUUGAAGACUAUCUGAACCGUUCUACACCAAGUAAAAGGUAUCCUGUCUGGGAACACAGUAGCCACUAUAUUAUUAAUGACCAGCCUGUUCCUAGCACGUCUUAGGAACAGAUCAUAGCAUGCGUCAGUAUCAGCCCACAGAGAAGAGUUCUAAUUUUGCAGAUAGUAACUAUACUUACAGGUGAAAAAGACAAGUGGGGAAAUCACAUCUGAAUGGCCUAAGUUGGUUAAUUUAUGGAAAUGGGAAAACACUUCUAAAAUUGUCACCAAACCAAAAAUGUAAUACCUAUAUGUGUGAAGUAACUGUAUGUAUCAUCAAAACCUGCAUGCUUUAAAAUAAAAUCUUUCUGUUGAUGGGACUCAGA